AUGGAUUUCGAGUCGAGGUUCAGUUCACCCAAGCGGGGGCUGGAUGAGGCUUUCGAUGACGAUCUGCCUGCUCCUAUGAGCACUCCCCCUUCCUUGUCGAGCCCGGGCCCGCAGAUUUCUCGCCCUGCAUCGCCGUCGAAGAGAACGCGGUCGAUUGCUCCUCCAGUACACAUUGGCCCAAUUGCGUUCAAUGCACGGGGAGAGCUCGAGCCAAAGUAUGCUCCACCUAAUUCCUGCUCCCGCCCCGGCGUCCACAGACUUCUGCCCCCCGAGGCCAGUGUGCGUCUUCAUCUCGCGGUGCCGGCACCGCGGACGCUAACAUGCAAUGUGCAGACCGUGCUGGCCGCGGCUGAGCGGAAAUAUAUUCUCAUUUUCACAAACGAUCUGUCUGAUAUCGCCGCUAUCUGCGAGCGACUGCUCACCCUCCCGGACAUUGUCAGUCUCGGUGUACUUGUGUCAAACAGCCCAGCCAUGAUUCCCCUAUCGGUCCCCAUGCUCGAGGACUCCAAGGGAAUUCUGGCCAGGGAAUGCCGCGUCCUGGACCCUCUGGGCGGUGGCCGCGUCGCCGCGGACUGUUUGGUGAUGGUGCGCGACGGCGAGGUGCAGGCCACUGUGCUGUUGGGCCGGCCUUUCGACGACAUUGUUCGCCAGAUCCAAGGAUUCGCCUCGAUAUAA